CAAUGAGGUAAGGAGGCGGGGCCGGGGCGUGUAUGGAAGGGGCUCCAGGGAUUGUUGUGGCGUCAGACGCGUUGAGUAGCGGUCUGUGUCCACGGCUCGGGUAUUCGCUGCCGCCAUGAGCUACACAGGUUUUGUCCAAGGAUCUGAAACCACUUUGCAGUCCACAUACUCUGACACCAGUGCCCAGCCCACCUGUGAUUAUGGAUAUGGAACUUGGAACCCUGGGACAAAUAGAGGCUACGAGAACUAUAGUUAUGGCUAUGGCUAUGGCCAGGAUAACACCACCAGCUAUGGAAUUAACCAGCGCUUAGAUAUGAUGCCACACUUGGAGACAGACAUGAUACAAGGAGGUGUGUACGGCUCAGGUGGUGGAGAAAGAUAUGACUCCUAUGAGGCCUGUGACUCAAGGGCCAUCCUGAGUGAACGCGACCUCUAUCGGUCGAGCUAUGACUAUGGCGAGCUUGACCCUGAAAUGGAAAUGGCCUAUGAGGGCCAAUAUGAUGCCUACCGUGACCAGUUUCGAAUGCGCGGAGGAGAUACAUUUGGUCCAAGGGCUCAGGGCUGGGCCCGGGAUGCCCGGAGUGGACGGCCAGUGGCCUCGGGCUAUGGGCGCAUGUGGGAAGACCCCAUGGGGGCCCGGGGCCAGUGCAUGCCUGGUGCCUCCCGGCUGCCCUCCCUCUUCUCCCAGAACAUCAUCCCCGAGUAUGGCAUGUUCCAGGGCAUGCGUGGUGGGGGUGCCUUCUCUGGUGGCUCCCGCUUUGGCUUCGGAUUUGGCAAUGGCAUGAAGCAGAUGAGGCGGACCUGGAAGACCUGGACCACAGCCGAUUUCCGGACCAAAAAGAAGAAGAGAAAGCAGGGUGGCAGUCCUGACGAGCCAGACAGCAAAGCUACCAGAACAGACUGCUCAGACAACAGUGACUCAGACAAUGAUGAAGGCACUGAGGGGGAAGCUGCAGAGGGUACUGAAAGUGCUGAGGCUAUGGAGAAAGGCUCCCGAGCAGAAGGAGAGGACGAGGAGGGAAAAGAGGAUGGGAGAGAAGAAGGCAAAGACGAUUCAGAGAAAGGGGCCCUAACCACCCAGGAUGAGAGCAGCCAGGCCAAGCGCAAGUUGCAGGCAAGCAAGAAGAGCCAAGACAAGCAGAAAAAGCGGCAGCGAGACCGUAUGGUGGAAAGGAUCCAGUUUGUGUGUUCUCUCUGCAAAUACCGGACUUUCUAUGAGGACGAGAUGGGUAGUCACCUUGACAGCAAGUUCCACAAGGAACACUUCAAAUACGUAGGCACCAAGCUUCCCAAGCAGACUGCUGACUUCCUGCAGGAAUAUGUCACCAACAAGACCAAGAAGACAGAAGAGCUCCGAAAAACUGUGGAGGACCUUGAUGGUCUGAUCCAACAAAUCUACAGAGACCAAGAUCUGACCCAAGAAAUUGCUAUGGAGCAUUUUGUGAAGAAAGUGGAGGCAGCCCACUGUGCAGCCUGUGACCUCUUCAUCCCCAUGCAGUUUGGAAUCAUCCAAAAGCAUCUCAAGACUGUGGAUCACAACCGGAACCGCAGGCUUAUGAUGGAGCAGUCCAAGAAGUCCUCUCUUAUGGUGGCCCGCAGUAUUCUCAACAACAAGCUCAUUAGCAAGAAGCUGGAGCGCUAUCUGAAGGGCGAGAAUCCUUUCACCGACAGCCCAGAGGAGGAGAAGGAACAAGACGAGGUGGAGGGUGGCACUCUCGAUGAGGGGGCAUCAGAGGCGACAGGACACGCAGAGGGCGUGCCUGCACAGCCCCCGGUGCCCCUGGAGCCAGCCCCAGAGACUGCUACACCGCCACCUCCGCCACCACCGGAGGAGGAGGAGGGUGCAGUACCCUUGCUGGGCGGGGCGCUGCAGUGCCAGAUCCGUGGGAUCCCGGGCCUUGAUGUGGAAGACGAGGAGGAGGGCGGUGGGGGUGCCCCAUAACUCGUACCAACAGCGGGCAGGGCUCGCAUUGUCAAGGCUGGAAGCGCAGCUUAAUAAAGUACUUUCCCACCCCA